AUGGCCAUCCACGCCGAGGGUCUCGUAGCUAUCGUGAUCUUUUAUUUGCUGAUUCUUUUCGUUGGGAUUUGGGCCGCGUGGAAAAACAAGAACGCCGGGGUUAGUGAAGGCGGAGACCGGAGCGAGAGCAUCAUGGUUGGGGGAAGAGACAUCGGGUUGUUCGUGGGUGGAUUCACAAUGACCGCCACUUGGGUGGGUGGAGGCUACAUCAAUGGGACAGCAGAGUAUGUCUACUUGCCGGACUACGGCUUGGCUUGGGCACAGGCACCAUUUGGCUACGCUCUGAGUCUGGUAGUAGGUGGCCUUUUCUUUGCCAAACCCAUGCGUUCACGUGGAUACGUCACCAUGCUGGAUCCCUUCCAGCAGCUGUACGGAAAAAGGAUGGGGGGUCUGCUCUUCAUCCCUGCACUCAUGGGAGAAAUAUUCUGGUCUGCAGCCAUUUUAUCUGCCUUGGGUGCCACUUUGAGCGUGAUCGUGGACAUCAACAUCAACAUGUCGGUGGUGAUCUCAGCUCUGAUAGCUAUCUUCUACACUCUUGUGGGAGGUCUCUACUCUGUUGCAUACACAGAUGUGGUUCAACUCUUCUGUAUCUUUUUGGGCUUGUGGAUCAGCGUGCCUUUUGCCUUGUCCAAUCCUGCCGUGGCGGACAUCAGUGUCUCAGCCAAGGAGGCAAUCUACCAGUCACCCUGGCUGGGGAAGAUUGUACCUGAAGACAAAUGGCUCUGGGCGGACAACUUCUGUUUGCUGAUGUUGGGGGGGAUUCCCUGGCAGGUCUAUUUUCAACGGGUUCUUUCUGCCUCUUCAGCUACCUACGCCCAGGUCCUUUCCUUCAUCGCUGCCUUUGGCUGCUUGGUCAUGGCUGUCCCUUCUGUCCUCAUAGGAGCUAUAGGGGCCUCCACAGACUGGAACCAGACUACUUAUGGGUCCCUCCCGCCGAAGGAUAAGGAUGAAUCAGACAUGAUCCUUCCCAUAGUGCUUCAGCACCUCUGUCCGCCCUACAUCUCCUUUUUUGGUCUGGGGGCGGUGUCGGCUGCCGUCAUGUCAUCAGCAGACUCAUCAAUUCUCUCAGCCAGUUCCAUGUUUGCGAGGAACAUCUAUAACCUCGCCUUUCGGCAGUCGGCCUCAGAUCGUGAGAUUGUUUGGGUGAUGCGCUUCACCAUCUUUGUAUUCGGAGCUCUCGCCACUGCGAUGGCAUUGUUAACAGGAUCAGUGUAUGGCCUGUGGUACCUGAGCUCCGACCUGGUUUAUGUCAUCAUUUUUCCUCAACUUCUCAGUGUACUCUUUGUCAAGGGUACUAAUACCUAUGGCUCUGUGGCUGCCUACAUCUUUGGUCUUUUGUUGCGAAUUGGUGGAGGGGAACCCUACCUCAAACUCCCUCCCUUCAUCUACUACCCUGGGUGGGUGAACCAGGAGAAGAUCCACCACCUCACAGGGGAUGUAGAGUACUUUGUCCAGCAGAGGUUCCCAUUUAAAACGGUGUCCAUGCUGGCAUCCUUCCUGGCAAAUGUGGCCUUUUCUUACCUGACAAAGUAUCUAUUUGAAAGCGGAACGCUGUCACACAAGUACGACUUCUUUGAUGCCGUGGUGUCCAAGCACAGCAAGGAGAUCAUGGACAAGGCCACGCUGGUGAACAACCAUGAUAACAUCAUUCUUUCAGAGAUGGCGCCUGUCAAACAGGGCCUGGGUGCAUCACUUGCAGGGACCUUCAUCAACACAGAAGUUCUCAGUGAUAAUGAGGACUCUAGUCCUGAGGCUUUUCCCAAUGAAAACUAG